AUGGUGCAUGGAGGUCGAGCGUGCUGCAGUUACUGUAUUAAUCCACCAGUAAUGCAGAGUAUAUUCAAGUCUCCCCUUAAAAGCCGUUAUCAGACUGGGGAAACACUGGAGUAUGCGUGUAAAACAGGAUACAUUUAUAUGUGGCCUUAUUACCUCUUAACUACUUGUGAGCCAAAUGGCUCAUGGAGCUUUCUUGAAGAAGCUUGUUUAAAAAAAGCAUGUCCAGAGCCAGAAAUCAAAAAUAGUGAAAUAUUUGCCCCAAAUGACAGCUUGUCGUUUGGAAAUGCAGUUCUGAUAUCUUUUUUAUGCGGACGACCUCCAAAAAUAGAAAAUGGAAAACACACCAAUAGCUACAGGAAUAUAUUUGAAUAUAGUGAAUUAGUGACUUACAGUUGUGAUCUGUUAAAUGGACCAGAUCAAUAUUCACUUGUUGGAGAGAGCAAGCUUAUUUGUUCUGCACAUGGCAAUUGGAGCAGUGAUGCUCCUAAAUGUAAAGUGGUCAAAUGUAAACCUCCAGUACUUGAACAUGGAAAAGCAAUAUCAGAAAUUAGAGAAGUUUUUACCUACAAAGAUGUGGUGAUACUUGAAUGCCUCCAGGGUUUUUACCUUAAUGGCAGCCAUGCAGUCUUCUGUGGUGGUGAAAAUACUUGGGAACCUGAGAUGCCGAAGUGUAUUAAAGGUUACAAGCCUACCUAUCCAAAGAAGCCUCCAGUUUCAAACUAUCCAGGAUAUCCCAAUCCCAAAGAAUUACUGUCACUUGAAGACUUUGAGGAAUUAGAUGUAGGAAGCUUUGCUGUGUAUAUCCUAACAGUAAUUGUUGCCAUUUUACUAGUUUUGGUCUGCAUGUACAGAAGUCUUCGAGGAAGGAAGCAGCAGGAGAAGGAGAAGAAAGAAGAGGAGGAAAAAGAGAAGAAAGAGAAGGAAGAGAAGGAGAAGAAAGAGAAGGAGGAGAAGGAAAAGAAAGAGAAGGAGGAGAAGGAAAAGAAAGAGAAGGAGGAGAAGGAGAAGAAAGAGAAGGAGGAGAAGGAGAAGAAAGAGAAAGAGCAGAAACGGAAAAGAGAAGUUACUGCUAGACCCACUGCUCACCAGAAAAGGCCAACCAGCCCAUCAGUACGGAAGCACUAA